GGCCGUCGGACCCGGCCCGGCAGACGGACAGUCGGCCGGCCGGCGGGCGACUGUACGGGAGGGCGCCGACGGCACGACGACGGCCGGAGGAACCAUGAACAAGUCCGCGCUGCCCGGAUUCGGCGUCGAGAUCAAGGAGGUCCAGUAUGAGAGUUUCCUCGACUGGUUGGUGGCGUUCCGCUCCAUCGACGAGGCGUGGGCCGCCCAGCCCACCUUCCUGCUUUCCGAGUACGCCUACUAUGUGAUCGCCGUGCUCACACUCUGUCAUGCGUUUUACCUCGGCGGCCGGUGGCCCUACAUGUGGCUCGGCUCUCUCAUCCACGGCCUGGUCAUCGAGAACAUUUCGAUGAACAUCCCCGACAUCGAGAACUACUGGCAGUCACAGACCACCAUCGUCUUCCUCGGCAGGAAGAUGCCGCUUCACAUCAUGCUCAUUUAUCCUGUGAUGGAAUACCCCGCCCACUACUGCGUCGCCCACCUCCGACUGCCGCGGUACGCACAGGCGCUAAUGGCCGGCCUGCUGGAGGUGCUGAUCGAUCUGCCGUACGACAUCAUGUGCGUCCGCUUCCUGCACUGGACGUGGCACGACACGGACCCCAACAUCUUCGACCGGCACUACUGGGUGCCCUGGAACUCGUACUACUUCCACCUCUCCUUCGGCGUCUCCUUCUACUUCUUCCUGCAGCUGUGGCGACGCGUGCUCACUGGCGACGACUCGCACGGUCACCACGGCGGGGUGGGUCGUGAGCUGCUCUGCGCGCUGCUGGCCGGUAUCUGCGGUAUGCCGGGCGGCGUGCUCCAAUUCCUGCCACUCUACCAUCCGCUGCACGACAUAUUCGGCGUCCACUCGGAGAACACGCUGCUGAUGAUCGCUGCGCUGUACACGCUGUUGGUAUGGAGCGCCGACCGACGGGCGGAGGACGGCUCCCGGCCGCGGUUAGGCCAGAGGAACCGCCCGUACCUGGUGAUGUUCUGUCUGCUGCUCCACUACGCCGUCUACUGGAGUAUGGCCGUCUUCUUCAACCCGGAGGACGAGAUCUCCAUCGGCCUGCACGAGAAGGUCGGCCCCUGCGACGUCUAUCAGGACGUCCACACCGCCUUCGGCAUGACGCUGAAGAAACGAAAAUACCUCUGCGCCACCGAUUACGACGAGGGCUACUUCGACUUCCGGUGUCUGCCGGGCGGCCGGGUACCGGCUCACGGUGCGCGCUGGUACACUAUCUGCGGUGUGCCGUUCGCCAACCGCGCCGAGUAUGUCUCCAUGAUCACGGCCAUCACGGUGUUCGCGCUGGGCGUGUUCUAUCAGUGUCUGUUCCGCUCCGGGCCGCAGGUCCAGCCGGCGCGCCAACAAAAGAUGAAACGGUUCUAGGAGAGCGAUGUGAGGGCUCGGUUCGGUCAAUAAUACAUGCUACAUCUGUCGA